UUAUUAUUAUUAUUAUUAUUAUUAUUAUUAUUAUUAUUAUUAUUAUUAUUAUUAUUAUUAUUAUUAUUAUUCUUAUUAUUAUUCUUAUUGUUAUUCUUAUUCUUAUUCUUAUUCUUAUUGUUAUUCUUGUUCUUAUUGUUCUUAUUGUUCUUAUUGUUAUUAUUGUUCUUGUUCUUAUUGUUCUUAUUGUUCUUAUUGUUAUUAUUGUUAUUGUUAUUAUUGUUGUUAUUGUUAUUGUUAUUAUUGUUAUUCUUAUUCUUAUUCUUAUUCUUAUUCUUAUUCUUAUUCUUAUUCUUAUUAUUGUUAUUGUUGUUAUUGUUGUUAUUGUUGUUCUUAUUCUUAUUCUUAUUCUUAUUCUUAUUAUUGUUAUUGUUGUUAUUGUUGUUAUUGUUGUUCUUAUUCUUAUUCUUAUUCUUAUUCUUAUUAUUGUUAUUGUUGUUAUUGUUGUUAUUGUUGUUCUUAUUCUUAUUCUUAUUCUUAUUCUUAUUAUUGUUAUUGUUAUUGUUGUUAUUGUUGUUCUUAUUGUUGUUCUUAUUCUUAUUCUUAUUCUUAUUAUUGUUAUUGUUGUUAUUGUUGUUCUUAUUGUUGUUCUUAUUCUUAUUCUUAUUCUUAUUGUUGUUAUUGUUGUUCUUAUUGUUAUUAUUAUUAUUAUUAUUAUUAUUAUUAUUAUUAUUAUUAUUAUUAUUAUUAUUAUUAUUAUUAUUAUUAUUAUUAUUAUUAUUAUUAUUAUUAUUAUUAUUAUUAUUACUAUUAUUAUGACUUUUAAAAUUCAGUCCAGCCAAUUGAAUUAAAUCACUUUAUAAGUUAACCAGUCCAUUGCCUUAUUCAUUCGGCCAGCCAAAGCUAAAACUAUAGUCAGCCCACAUUUUAAAAUAAAAGAGUUUCGCCCCAAUAGUGAAUAAUGACAUACGGAGUAGUACGGACUACAGAGUAAUAGACGUACGCAUGGUUCGUCGUCUUCUUCGGCAGUUCAGCGCAAAACAAGAAGGUGCAGUUGUGUAGGUCUAGCAGACUAGCAGCGGCACUCCUUCAUCGACUUCCUAUGCGGUCUACUCCUCAGGAGAUACCAUUGAUUCCUCCACCGGCGAGCUUUCUUAUAUUUCCGGCGUGGUGAAUUGUUAGGCGACGGUGAGUCGUUCAUCCUCCGCCAUCAAGAAACGAUCCGGAAGUCCGGAAGUGAUACACCGGCGUGUCCUAUUCCAUUGGAGACGUUGAGACGGAGGCUGUAUUAGUAGCUUGGUCCGGCAGUUAAUUCUCCGGCGUAGCAGCUCUUCCGGUGGAAGCAAACUCCGGCGUUCUCUAUUUCUUCCUUCUGGCGAAAGAGUUUCUAUUCCGGCAGCAAGCGACGGAAAUAGGUUUGUGAUAGGCAGCGACGUCCAGUGGAAGCAGUCAAGUCUGAUCGCCGCAACAUCAGCUUCUUCUCCUCCGGCGUGAAGCCAGUCCGGCAACGACUCCGGCAACUGGGUCUUCUUCUCCAGCCAAUUUCGCCCCUCCCUCUUACGUUCUCUUUUCUUCGUUUCUCCUUGUUCGCACGGUUAAGGCGUUGGUUGAAGCUUCAUGUAUACAUAUACUUCGUAUGAAACUUGGCGGCCCACUGGACGCAGAUCGGUGGUCGUAUAUCGAAAUAUGGGUGAUGAAGUUUGCGCUGGCUCGUUUUCCGCCGGUAGGGUAAGGGCGUAGUUGUUGAAGGAUGUAUAUAUAUGUUCGGUCAAUGUUCCAGACUCUUCGUUACGUACGUUCGUUGGAAAUCUUUUCCAUUUAUUAACCGCAUGUUAUUACGCAGCGGUUUCCUACUUUCCUUAUGUAUGCAUGCAG